GUACACAAAACGUUAAAGAAAAUCAAAGGUUGUAUAAUAUUUAUGCAAUUUGAAACCCUUAAUUGGGUUAUUGGCAUUGCUUGAGACUCAGUAGUAAGUGGCGCUUCCACAACGUUCAUUCUUUCAUUGUCACCGUCUCAGUCUUCUCUUCACAUUCGUGGCCGCCAUAAAGGAUUCAAUCCGCUUUUCUUUCAUGGAAUUUAAUAUGCCUGAUACAGAAACACAACAAAAUAGCAGGAGGAGAAAGAAAUCUACCGUCUGGGAACACUUCACUGUGAAAAGUGAUGGACCUGGAUGUGCCAAGGCUUACUGUAAAAAAUGCAAAAAGUCAUUUGCAUAUCUAAAAGAUUCAAAACAGGCUGGCACUAGUCAUCUCAAGAGACACAUUUCUCUGGGAAUCUGUCAGAAAAAUCAACAAACCCCCUGUUCCAAAACUGAUGUCAGUCCACCAAAGAAACGGCCUAGAGCAAAACCUUGCUUAGCUAUCUCAUUUGAUCAGGAGCGUUGCAACAGUAAUAUUGCUAAAAUGAUUAUUUUACAUGACUAUCCCCUUCAUAUAGUUGAACACCAAGGUUUCAUUGAUUUUGUUCGAACACUUCAACCCCAGUUCAAUCCACUGAGCUUUAAUGCUAUUCAAGGGAAUUGUGUUGGUAUGUACCUCAGAGAGAAGCAAAACCUACUGAAUCUUAUUGAUGGGAUUCCUGGACGAGUCAACCUCACUCUGGACUUAUGGACUUCAAACCAAACAUCGGCCUUUGUUUUCCUUCGAGGACACUUCGUUGAUGGUAAUUGGAAUUUACAUCAUCCUAUUCUAAAUGUAUUCAUGGUACCAUUUCCUGAUUCCGGCUGUUCCUUAAAUCAAGCUAUAGUGAACUGCUUAAGUGAUUGGCAUUUGAAGGGGCGGCUAUUUACUCUUGCACUUGAUAAAUUCUUCUCCAAUGAGACAUUGAUGGAAAAUCUGAGAAGUCUCCUCUCUUUCAAGAAUCCUGUGGUUCUCAGUGGUCAAUUUUUAAGUCAGAACUGUUAUGCUCGUGUAAUUAGUCGCCUUGUAUCAGAUGCACUAUCAGCUAUGAGAGAAACUAUUGAUAAAGUUCGGGAGAGUGUGAAGUAUGUGAAAUCUUCUAAAUCUAAUGAAAGGAAGUUUUUUGAGCUGAGGCAACAACUUCAAGUCCCUAGUAUGAUGGACCUUUUAAUUGAUGACCGAAAUAAAUGGGACACAAUUUACCUUAUGCUUGUUGCUGCUUGUGAAUUAAAGGAAGUUUUUGCAUGCUUUGAUGCCGCUGAUCCUGAUUUCAGAAUGACUGUGACAUUGGAUGAAUGGAAGCAGGUGGAAACUCUUUGCGCAUAUUUAAAGUUCUUGUAUGAUGCAGCUAACAUUUUAACUGUUCAACCAUACCCAACUGCGAAUGUAUUUUUCCUUGAAGUGUCAAAGCUUCAGGUAGAGUUGACUUGUGCAGCCUUAAGCCAUGAUCCUUUCUGUAGUCGUUUGAUUAUGCCUUUGCGAGAGAAGUUUGAUCUAUAUUGGAAAGAAAGCUGCUUCAUCUUGGCGGUUGCUGUAGUUAUGGAUCCGAGGUAUAAAAUGAAACUGGUGGAAUCCACCUUUGUUAAGAUAUUUGGUGAGAAUGCUGACCAUUGGAUAAGAAUUGUUGAGAAUGGUCUUAAUGAACUGUUCCUUGAAUAUAAUAUCAUACAAGUGCUUCCUUUUACAGCAACAAAUGACGAUGAAGGGAAUGAUGCUGUGAUAAAGGCAGAGUUAUUUCCGGAUGGGUCAUUUGAUGGAUCUCUUUUUGCUGCUGAAGAUGGACUUUCUGAUAUUGAACUUUAUAUAUCUGAUUUAACAUGUAACCAGCAAUUUAAGUCAGAACUGGAUGAGUAUCUUGAAGAGCCUUUAGAACCCAGAGUACAAGAAUUCGAUAUUCUGAGCUGGUGGAGAAUAAACGGAUUCAAGUACCCAACAUUGUCUAGACUGGCAUCUGAUAUUUUGUGUAUGCCAGUAUCCACCCUCUCAGCAGAUUCUGUUUUUGAUACUGAAAUUAGAAAAAUGGAUAGCUACCGGAGUUCAUUAGAUUCUUUGACUCUUGAGGCCCUUAUUUGUACCAAGGAUUGGUUCCAGUAUAAAUCGUUGCCCAUCAAUGUUCCAAAUACACUUAUCAAAGUUGAAUGCUAGAUAUAGCUUUAGGGAAUAGAUUUUCAACUAGCUUUUAGGUAUUAAAGUUUUGCAACUGUCAUUCAGGUCAAUUAAUUUUUGUGAUUAACUGACCGAAUUUUUGUUACUUGUUUAUAUAUAGAGUUGAUUCUGUUCUAAUCAUUUUGACUUAAGCAAAAUAUCAGUUCUAUUCACAGGUUCAAACCAAAACCUCAAGGAACAAAUGAUGUUUGUUGUUCACACCAAUAUUGAACCAAUAUCUUUAGAUUAGAGUGGGUUUUCCU